ACCUGUGACGGUCACCUUAAACCUGCGUACCUCCCGUUGCCGAAUGAGAAACGCUAUCGUGCAUCCCGCCUGCCUAACUCGACAUUUACCUACUCCGGCUUGGCUCUGACUUGGGCCCGACACGGUUAGGGCCAAACCUCCGUUGGGGAAUCCAUGUGGCACAUAUGGGCGCGGCAUAGCUCGAACUCGGCCUCCUCGUUGUUGCUGCGUUCCCUCCCGGUCUCCCUGUCUCGAUCCUGCCCACCCGCUUCUGCCAUUGCUUUGCUUAGAGCUAAGAGGAGAUUUCAAACCCAGACUGUUGGCUCACCCUCAGUUGAGGAGAUGGAGACUGUCGACACAACAGCGCGGCUGGCCGCUCUGCGGUCGCUAAUGAAGGAGAAGGGCGUCGAUAUCUAUGUGGUACCGUCCGAGGACAGCCACGCCUCCGAGUACAUUGCAGCAUGCGACGCCCGGCGGGCUUUCAUCUCUGGCUUCACCGGGUCGGCGGGAACCGCAGUAGUCACACACACCAAGGCCGCCCUCGCCACCGACGGCCGCUACUUCAACCAGGCCGGCAAACAGUUGGACGGCAACUGGCAUCUCCUGAAGACGGGCAUGCAAGAUGUCCCGACAUGGCAGGAGUGGACGGCCGGUGAGUCAGAGGGAGGCAAGACCGUGGGUGUCGAUCCGACCCUGAUCUCGAGCUCCAUCGCCGAGAAGCUGGAAGAGAGCGUCAAGAAGAGCGGGGGUGCCGGGGUGAAGGCUGUCAGUGAGAACUUGGUGGAUUUGGUUUGGGGAACCGACAGGCCUCCUCGCACCAAUAACCCUAUUGUGCUCCUACCGGAGAGGUAUUCGGGGAAGGACACGGCAACAAAACUCAGCGAGCUGCGGAAGGAGCUGGGAAAGAAGAAGGCCGCUGGCUUCGUCUUGUCAAUGCUUGAUGAGAUCGCGUGGCUCUUCAACCUCCGCGGCAGCGACAUCGACUACAACCCAGUGUUCUUCUCGUACGCCAUCGUUACGCAAGACUCGGCGACGCUGUAUGUGGACGAUUCUAAGCUGAACGAGGAGUGCCGGAAAUAUCUGGAUCAGAACAAGGUCUCGAUUAAGCCUUACGAUACCUUGUUUGCGGAUGCGAAGGCCUUAGCCAGCGCCGCAGAGGCGAAUAGCGCUUCUGGCUCCUGCAAAAAGUACCUCGUAUCCAACAAGGGAUCUUGGGCGUUGAAACUCGCCCUCGGAGGGGACAAGUUCGUCGACGAGGUCAGAAGCCCGGUUGGUGACGCCAAAGCUGUCAAGAACGACACGGAGCUAGAAGGUAUGAGGCAAUGCCACAUCCGGGAUGGCGCCGCGUUGAUCAAGUACUUUGCCUGGCUGGAGGAUCAGCUUAUCAACAAGAAGGCGGUCCUCGACGAGGUGGCCGCUGCUGACAAGCUGGAGGAGCUGCGCAAGGAACAAAAGGACUUCGUCGGCCUCUCCUUUGACACUAUUUCAUCAACAGGGCCAAAUGCUGCCGUUAUCCACUACAAGCCAGAAAGGGGAGCAUGUGCCGUCAUCGACCCGAACGCCAUCUAUCUUUGCGAUUCAGGGGGUCAGUAUCUGGACGGCACGACCGACGUCACGAGAACGCUGCACUUCGGGACCCCGUCACCCCAAGAAAGGAAGGCCUAUACGCUUGUGCUCAAGGGCAACAUUGCGCUGGAUACGGCAGUCUUCCCCAAGGGCACGACCGGUUUUGCCAUCGACUGCUUAGCCCGGCAGUUCCUCUGGAAAACGGGCCUGGACUACCGCCACGGCACAGGUCAUGGCGUGGGCUCGUACCUCAACGUUCACGAAGGGCCGAUCGGCAUCGGCACGAGGAAGCAGUACGCCGACGUCGCCCUCGCGGCGGGCAACGUGCUCUCCAUCGAGCCGGGCUUCUACGAGGACGGCGCGUACGGCAUCCGCAUCGAGAACCUGGCACUUGUUCGCGAGGUCAAGACGGAGCACUCAUUCGGCGACAAGCCCUUCCUCGGGUUCGAGCAUGUCACCAUGGUGCCGUACUGCCGCAACCUUAUCGACGUGACGCUGCUCACCAAGGAAGAGAAGGAGUGGCUGAAUGAGAGCAACGGGCAGAUCCGCAAGUGCAUGGAGGGGUACUUCGCGGAUGAUGCGCUGACUAAAGCGUGGUUGGAGAGGGAGACGCAGCCUUUUUGAAAUCUAUCUAUGUAGCGAUUUGACCGUCGAGUCGAGUGAGGA